AUGAUGGACUGGGGUUUUCUUCUUUUUUUCUUUGUAUGGUAUCGCUACAUUCUUCCAUUCUCGCUUGAUGCUACUGACGCUAGCAUCAAAGCACGCGGUCAUCGUCGCCUCGUAAAGUCAGUAGCAGAUCGCGUUAACAGGGCUCUGAACGUCAAAGAGGUCAUGUCGGUAGAAGAUCGCGUCAGAGUCAACUUGACAGCGCUCAUGUCAGCGUUCGACAAUAGAUGGGGCGUUGCCCCGGAUCACCAACACCGUCUGGAGUGGACAAAACAAUCCCAUGGAAUGUUUGCACAGCUUAUCAAGCAAAACUUUGAAGCGAUAAUGGAUGAAGUCAAUGGUGACUUGCUUGAGGCUGUUAAGGCUCACUUCAGCGAGAUACUGGCUGUUCCCAUUUUCAAGGACACCAAGGCUGGUAUGAUCAAAGACGUCAUGACUGACUAUCGCAAGGCUAUGGAACUUCACUAUUACAAAUUAAAAGACAUUACCAGCCUUCCAAUUCAUCAAUAA